UCGUACAUUCGCAAGCGUGAAUUUGUCAGACUACGAUUUUUCGGAAACCGUGCGCCUUUGCCACGUAAACUUAUGUGAGUUCUCGCGAGUUUUGUUUUCGCGGGGCCAUACGACGUUAUCGGUGUUUAAUAGGGACUAUCGCGCCCGAAAAUGGGUCUAACUUUGUCGUCAGUAUUCUCGAGGCUGUUCAGCAAGAAACCGAUGAGGAUACUGAUGGUGGGCCUCGACGCCGCGGGAAAGACCACGAUUCUCUACAAACUGAAGCUCGGAGAGAUCGUGACGACGAUACCCACGAUAGGGUUCAACGUCGAAACAGUAGAGUACAAAAACAUCUCGUUCACCGUCUGGGACGUCGGCGGUCAGACAAAGAUUCGGAAAUUGUGGAGGCACUAUUUCGCCAACACGGACGGUGUCAUUUACGUGGUGGACUCGAACGACAGGGAGAGGAUAGCCGAAGCCGAGUCCGAACUGCACAGCAUGUUAGACGACGAAGAGCUGCGCAAUUCCGUGCUGCUGGUGUUCGCCAACAAGCAAGAUUUGCCGAACGCGAUGUCGAUCGCCGAACUGACCGACAAACUUAAGCUGAACGCGAUGAGAAACAGGAACUGGUAUAUACAGGGUACAUGCGCGACUACCGGCACCGGCCUUUACGAGGGACUCGACUGGCUGUCCAACGCCUUGGCAGCCAAAUGAUUAGGGUUAGGGCUAAGGCCUUCGUUUUAUUGUACGUUUAAAUCAUGCGGCGGCUACCUGAAAGCGCCGCUCUAUCCACGUUUCGUUGUGUUAUUGUAAAUUUAACGCGUUUAUAAUAAAAAGUAAAAUAAAUAAAAACACGUCGACUGAG